AUGAUUUGGAACAACAAUCGUCUUGGCGCCGCUUAUUACAAUGUCGUUACAUCCGAAUUAUUCGUGCUAGAAGAUAUGAUAGACGACUUUGAACGUUUCGACGCGGCAAAAAUGCUAUACAAACAAUGUUUACCACGUUAUUUGCUCGUGAACGCUGCCGCGCCAUCUUCUUUCACGAACGCGAUCAAACAAAUUUUAAUGGCGCAAACAAUGAACGAAGAAUCGAAUUCGUUCGAAAGCGUGCGUAACACCGUGUUGAAAAUGACCUGUAAGAAGGAGCAUAAUUACGAACGAUGCUCCCACAGAGUGAGAUGUCUUCGCAUCGAAUCAGAGCCGAAAAACGCCAACAACAUGGACAGAUUGACUUUCUUAAAUAGUAUAUUGAAUUUCAAGUGCUGCUCAAUGAUUCACGCUUUGGGUUCGCUCUUGUUAUUCGUCGAUAAACAUUGGAAUAAUAUCGCUCUAGAUCCUUCCGGAAAAGCGUCCUUCGUAUCUUUGAAUUACAUCAAUCUUCAAGAUUUAGUCACGAUGGACGAAGAUACUUACAAAGCACUGAACAUCGUUCAAGCAAGGGAUCACCCGAGUCUCUUCAAAUUUGGCGAAACGAUCACGACGAUGAAAGGGAUUAGCCUGUUCUCGCUGCUUAAUCGUUAUUGCAAUUCAAAACCAGGUGUUCAAUUUCUAUGGAAGACAUUGCAUCAUCCGACGCGAAACAUCGCGAUGCUCGAGCAACGACUGAACGCCAUCGAAUUUUUCCUCGAUCUCAACAAUCAAAGCAUCGUUGAAAAUUUAACCUCUUGCUUGCGGCACGUGUAUCGCUUGACCAACACCGUGCUCAUUUGUUGUUCCGGACCUCAAGCAAAGCCGUCCAAUUGGUAUAAAUUGUACAAGACUAUCUCCCACGUAAUUUGUAUAGCUGACAUUUGCGAAGAAUAUGGGGAAAGAAUAGAAUUGUUCAAACGAAUCGCCGAAAGUGUCACGACCGAGAUACAAUAUGUCAAAUACUUUAUUGAAUACAUAGUGGAUUUUGGUGAGAGCAGACGAGAAAGGAAGCUCGUUGUUAAACCGAACGUCGAUCCUUUGUUGGACGAACUGAAUCACGUGCGACGCACUUUGCCCGAACUGCUCACGCGAAUGGCGGAAAAAGAUAUGCAGGAACAUCUUCCACGUUCCGUAACCGGUUGCAAUAUGUUGUAUCUACCAAACAUUGGCUAUGUACUGGCGAUAAACAAAUGGGAUCCGACUCCACCCGAGGACGUUACUUUUCCAAAUUUGGAAUUCAAAUUCAGCAUCAAUCGGGUGCAUUAUUAUAAAAGUCCUUCGGCAAAAGAGUUGGAUGAGAGCGUGGGUGACAUUAUAUUGAAAAUAGCUGUUCGGCAAAAUCACAUCGUGCAAAAGUUGAUACGUUAUACGAAGAAACACAUGGGAACGAUUUUAAACGCGAUUCAACUCUGUGCCGAGUUAGACACUUUACUGGCGUUCUACAAAGUGGCGCGUGAUUAUAAUUACACCAAACCGAACGUAACGAAGUCAAAAAUCAUAGACGUGGUCGAAGGACGACAUCCAUUAAUGGAAUGCGCGACCACUUUCGUGCCGAACGAUAUACGUUCCGGGAAUGGCAACAGUUUGAUCAAAGUUAUAACAGGGCCAAAUUCUUGCGGCAAGAGUGUAUAUCUAAAGCAGAUUGGUCUCAUAGUGUUCAUGGCUCAUAUAGGUUGUUACGUUCCUGCAAGAUCCGCGACGAUAGGCACGAUAUCUCGUAUCUUGACUCAAAUGUCGAAUACGGAAAGUAUCGGGCUGAACGCGAGCUCGUUUCUACAGAAUCUUCGACAGAUUAACGUGGCUCUACACGCAUCCACCUCAGAUUCAAUAGUGAUAACGGACGAACUGGAUAGAGGAACGUCCGAAAUGAGCGGAUUAUCGUUGGUAGCGGCUAUACUAAACACAUUCGCUGAAAGAGAUUCGGAUUGCCCUCACGUAUUUGCCGCGACGCAUGCAUAUGGCGUACUUGCACUACUUCCCCAAAUUUCUUUGAUUGAAAUUCAAACAUUUGAAUACACGAUGGACGAAGAUGAAUCGUUGGCGUUCCUCUACCGAUUGACUAACGGUAGCACAACACGCAGUUUCGCACAUUAUGUGGCGAGACUCGCGGAAUUGGACGAAGAUAUAGUUAAACGAGGAUUAGAGAUAUUUGAGAAGAUGAAACGACACGAAUUACCAUCCAGUAUAUAUAAUCAUCACGAUAGAUUGAAAAGAAUCGCCGAGCGACUGGAAACAUGGAACGAUUUGGAAUUGGAUGAAUUGAAAACGUUAGUUCGACAAGCCGUGUUUCCACAAUAAUUGUAUAAUUCGAAGUGAUUAAAGUAUCGAAAGAUCAC